AUGAAGCCACAAAACCAAACUCUUAGUGCCUCAAAUACACAAAAUAGCAUAAAAGCAACGAAUGAAAACUCUGUUAAAACAAAUACGUCUAUGAAAUCUAUACCAACAACGUCUCUAAGCUACGACGACACCAAUGAUGUCUUCAAGCUACAAUGA